AUGGAGUUGACCGGUAAAAUGCAUGCCUGUACGGGAUGUUCGAUGUCGAAGGCAUUCAAAAAAGGAAUUGCUCAUGAAACAAAAUGCAGAUCGGACAAAAAGUUGGGCAGAGUGUUUGUUGACCUGGGAGGGCGGAAGGACGUUGCGUCCGUAGGGGGUAAUCAUUACCCCAUGAUAGUGAAGGAUGAUUUCACAAGACGUACAUGGAUAUAUUUCCUGAAAAGUAAAUCAGACGCUGCGAGUGCUUUCCGGAGUUUCCUCGCAAGUGUGCUUGCUGAUGGUAUCCCAUCAUUGGUUGAGAUUGUUAGAUCUGACAAUGGGGGGGAGGUUGUCCGAGGAGAAUUCGCGUCCGUGUGCAACGAGCUCUUGAUUAAGCAAGAGUUCACCCCGGCUUACAGUCCCCAAUACAACGGUGUUGCAGAGCGUGGUGGCAGCGACCGUCUAAGCUGCUGCCGAAGGGUGAGGCUUGCUUUUUUGUCGGUCCUUCGAGAGACCACCCGCGUGACUGUCAUAAGAGUACUUACGAGCGUUGGAACUAUCCAGGAAACGAGGAAUGUGACGUGGGAAGCGUUGCCGUCACAACUCCCUCCACCGCAACCGUCUCUCUUGCCGAUUGAGGUCGCAGAGGAGGGAGGGGAGGAACGGCCGGAGACAGGGGAGGCAGAAUCGGCGGGUCCGGGAGGGCAGGAGGUAGAGUCGGAGAGUCAGGAAGGGUUGGAUGAAGAGUUGGUUGAGCCGGGAGGGCAGGAGGUAGAAUCGGAGUCAUUUUCCCCUGCUACGCACGUACCAUAUAAUCGUCUUGCGCGGCAUGAGCUUGCUAAUUACAACACUGCUGCGAACGAGAAUGUUGAAGUCAGAGAAGGCAGAACCCGUGCGCAAACUCGGGCCGUAAACCAUCAGAUCGUAUCGGGUCUCAUGGCCAACCUAGGACCUAUUUCCGCAUCUGAAAUUAUAGAAGCACUCUUAGUGGAACAGAGAGCGUCUGAUACAAUGGAACUGCCGAGAGAGCUCAUUCAGGAUGUAGAGACAGAGCCUGGUAGCUACCGAGAAGCCCGCCAGUCAAAGCAUGCCGUGAUUUGGGACAAAGCCAUGUCUGCACAGUUUGAAGGCUUGUUAAGAGCAGGAACGUUCGCGUUAGCAGCCAAGAUAGUGAAGGCCAAGGCUGGGCUUGUAGCGAAGGGCUUCAAGCAGAAGUAUGGUGUGGAUUAUCUUGAGACUUUCUCGCCUACUGCAAAUGCUGCAUCGAUUCGUUUGUUGGUAGCAUUGACGUGCAAGUACGAUUUGGAAUUUCUCCACUUUGACAUUGAGCAAGCGUUUGUUCAGUCGGAAUUGGAUCAUGAGGUGUUCAUGAAGUUGCCUCCUGGCUGCGAGUCGAUGUCAGGAAAGGUCGUCCGCUUCGACAAGAGUUUGGAUGGACUGAGGCAAGCAUGUAGAACAUUUCUAAAGAGAUUUGUGUCGGACCUGAAGAGGAUUAGUGUCGAACAAUCUCUUUCUGACCCCUGUGUUCUGCGUUUCAUGAUGAGAAACGAGGUGAUGGGUGUGAUCGCGAUUCAUGUGGAUGACUUUCUGUGUGGAGGAAUUGAGAGCCUUGCCAAGAUAGUUGUGCAAGCGCUAGGUGACUCUUUUCACACGAAGAAUUUCGGCGAGGUCAAGUUCUUUCAUGGUUGCGCAUGUAGUCGCGACCGCGAGGCUGGCAAGAUUGAGAUGUCUCAAAGAGCGAGAUGUGCCACGGAACAUUCAACUUUGACGUACAAGCAGGACACUAUGGUAGACGUAAGCACGUUGGUGUACGUAGACGCAGACUUCGCCAGUAGGGCCACUGACCGUAGAUCAGUUUCGGGAGCACUAGUUCUUGUAGCUGACUGUCUUGUUGCUUGGAUUUCUAGGACGCAGAAAUGUGUCACACUUUCAACAACUGAAGCAGAGUAUGUUGCGAUCAGUGACGGUGUAAAAGAGGCUCUCUUUGUCAACGGAAUGCUCGAGUUCUUGAGGCCUAGUGGUAGAAUCGGUAAGAUUCAGUAA